UCCCCCCGGCACCUCCCGGCACCCCCGGCACCCCCGGGCCCGCUUCCCUCGGGACAGCCGGGACACCGCCCCGCCGGGCUCCGAGCCACACGUCUGGCUGCCCUCCCGUUCCCGAGGCUGCUGGCGUCUCCUCGCCCCCCGGCACCAUGUUUGUCCUGGUGGAGAUGACUGACACUGUGAGAAUCCCUCCCUGGCAGUUUGAAAGGAAACUGAACGAGUCCAUUGCUGAGGAGCUAAACAAGAAAUUGGCCAAUAAGGUGGUGUACAAUGUUGGGCUCUGCAUCUGUCUGUAUGAUAUCACAAAGCUGGAAGAUUCAUACAUAUUUCCUGGGGAUGGUGCAUCACAUACCAAGGUGCAUUUCCGCUACGUGGUCUUCCACCCCUUCCUGGAUGAGAUUCUGAUUGGACAGAUUAAAAGCUGCAGUCAGGAUGGCGUCCAUGUUUCUCUUGGAUUCUUUGAUGAUAUUGUCAUCCCACCAGAAUCCCUGCAGCAGCCAGCUAAGUUUGAUGAAGCAGAGCAGGUGUGGGUGUGGGAAUAUGAGACAGAAGAAGGGGCCCAUGACCUUUACAUGGACAUUGGGGAAGAGAUCCGCUUCCGAGUCGUGGAUGAGACGUUUGUUGAUACGUCACCGACCGGUCCAAGCUCUGCAGAGGCUUCCACUUCAAAUGCAGCAGAAGAAGUCCAGAAGAAAGAGGCACCCUACACUCUUGUGGGAUCAAUCAGCGAGCCAGGCCUUGGCCUCCUGUCGUGGUGGACAAACAGUUAGCUGCCAGCAGAGCCUGCUCCACAAAAAGUCUUUCCGGUGGAUGUUUGGGGGAUAAUGGGACCCUGCUGGUGCUCACUGCUCCUCUGAAGCUGAAUAAGAAAUUAGAUCUGCUAUUCUGGUUUCCCUUCAGCUUCCAAGCUGCCAGAGAGAGAGUGACUUUCAAGAAACGUCUUCACUGAUGUGCAGAAGUGAAUUUACAGGCACAAAAAGCCUUGAGCACAGCAGCUACAAACUCAGCUGGAGCUUUGGUCUCCUGCCCCAGAGGGAAAAUUGUUUUGCUUGCCUGAAUCAAGGAAAGAAUUGACUUUAGUAAGUAAAGGCAGAAGAGAAUACCUAUUGAGAAGUAUCACUCCUUAGGCUGAGAGCUGGAUCUCAGAGGAGUAGAAACCUGCCCUUCUCCUGACAGGAAUUGAAGAAGAGACAGCAAAAGGCUUGAGUUAGUAGAGGUAUGAUACUCUGGAGACCUGGAAAAUGCUGUUGCUGAGAGAGCAGGGGAGGUGGUGUUCUGCUAAGUGUGGACCAAGGACCAAGAAGGAACAGGAAUGAGAGUUUACCCAAAAGUAACUGAGGCUUAGUGAAGAUGACCACUGUGGAAAACUACAGGCUGCUUAUUGUGCUGAAGGGAAUGACUUUUUUGGGUGGGCUGUAUUUAUGCAGAAUGAACUAAACUUUGCAGGAGCUUGACUGAAAAUACGAAAUUAUUGACUGUUAUUGACUGAAAUGGACCAAGGCUGCUUUGAGCAACAAGCUAAAUCCUUGUUUGUGGGGGUUUUAAUACUGUAAGUGGAAUAAAUAGUAAAAACCA